CUGUUCUGGACGUUUCCUACGUGGCAUCGCACAGCGCGUGGGCUGUCGUGUCCGGCUUCUCUCACUCAGCACGAGGUGUCAGGUUCGUCCACUGUGUUGCAUGUGUCAGCUCUUCUCCAUGGACAUUUUGGGCCUUUGUUGACAGCAGAGAGAGGGGGUCAGAAACCAAGACUCUCAGAGGUUGAGAAACAGACACAGAGAAGAGUGAGUCUUCUUUCUGGUUCAGCUUCAAUGUGUUCCGGCGCAAGGACAGGGUGGCUGGGGCCUCGCUGGCGCGCGGAAGCUCAUCUGUGGCCGCGGGCCUCCCAGGGGACCCCAUGGGCCAGCCAGUGGCCAGGCUGGUGCCCGUGCUCCUCCUCCUGCUCCCCAAGCGGGGUGCUGGAUCCUGCAGCAGCAGUGGGUGCUGUUUCCAGGACCCGCCAUACCCGGAUGCAGACUCAGGCUCGACUUCGGGCCCCAGGGAUCUGAACUGCUACCGGACAUCCAGCGCUGGUUACGAGUGCUCCUGGCGGUAUGAGGGCCCCGCGGCCGGGGUCAGCCACUUCCUGCGCUGCUGCCUCAGGCCGGGGCGCUGCUGCUACUUUGCGGCCGGCUCAGCCACCACGCUGCAGUUUUCCGACCAGGACGGCAUAUCUGUGCUUUACAACGUCACGCUCUGGGUGGAAUCCCGGACCGCGAACCGCACGGAGAAGUCGCCUGAGGUUACCCUGCAGCUGUACAGCUCAGUUAAAUACGACCCUCCACCAGGAGACAUCAAGGUGUCCAGGGUGGCGGGGCAGCUGCGCAUGGAGUGGGAGACGCCCGCCCGCCAGGGUGGGGCCGAGGUGCAGUUCCGGCACCGGACGCCUGGCAGCCCGUGGAAGUUGGGCGACUGCGGACUGCAGGAUGACGCUGGCUUCGAAUCGUGCCUCUGCCCCCUGGAGACCGAUGCGGUCCAGGAAUUCCAGCUUCGGCGGCGGCGCAGGCCAGAGGCCCCGGGAGGUCUCUGGAGCAGCUGGAGCAGCCCUGUGUGCGUUCCCCCUGAAAACCCCCCCGAGCCCGAGGUGAGGUUCUCAGUGAAGCAGCUUGGCCACGAUGGGAGGAGGCAGGUGACCCUGGAGGGGCAGCCGCCGCCGCUCGAGCUCCCGGAAGGCUGCCGCGGGCCGGCGGCGGGCGUGCAGGUCGCCUACCGCGUCCGCCUGCGCAUGCUGUCCUGCCCGUGCCAGCCCCACGCCGCCAGGACGCUCCGCCUGCCGCGCACGCUCCUGCUGUCGGGCGCCGCCUACGACCUGGCCGUCGUCUCCCGGACCCGCCUCGGCCACGGCCCCAACCGCACGUGGCACAUCCCGGCGGCCGAGCGCCCAGAACCGGGGGCUCUGAGUAUCAGCGCCGGAGCCCAUGGGACCACCCUGCGCUGGCCAGCCCGGGCCCAGGGCACGACAUACUGCAUUGAGUGGCAGCCCCAGGGCCAGGAUGGGAGCCUCGCCACCUGCACCCUGACUGCACCCCAGGACCAGGACCCCGCUGAAAUGGCAACCCACAGCUGGAGCUGGGCGUCUGCAGUGAUGGCACAGAGGGCAUGUUACCACAUCACCAUCUUUGCCUCUGAGCGCCCAGAGAAGCCCACCUCAUGGUCCACAGUCUUGUCCACUUACCACUUUGGAGGCAAUGCCUCGGGGGCUGGGAGCCCACAGCGCGUGUCGGUGAAGCAGCUGGGCCGGGACUCGGUGUCUGUGGCCUGGACGCCGUCCCUGCUGAGCACCUGCCCCGGCGUCCUGAAGGAGUAUGUCGUGCGCUGCUGGGAAGAGGGCAGCGGCCCGGGCUCAGAGCUGCCCGUGAAGCCCACGGAGACCCGGGCCACCCUGGGCGGCCUGCGCGCCGGCGCCGCCUACACGGUGCAGGUGCGCGCGGACACGGAGACGCGGCGCGGCGCCUGGAGCCCGCCCCAGCGCUUCAGCGUCGAAGCUCAGGUUUCCGAGUUGUCCGUCGUCCUCGUGUCUCUGGGGAGCUUCGUGAGCGUCCUUCUCCUGGGCACCCUGGGGUACCUCGGCCUGAGCAGGGCCAUCCGGCACCUGUGCCCGCCCCUGCCCACGCCCUGUGCCAGCACCGCUGUCGAGCUCCCUCACAGCCAGGGGAAGCAGGCUUGGCAGUGGAUCAGCCCGGCAGACUUCCCGGAGGAGUCGUCCCCAGAAAAGGUCCUGGUGGUGAGCAUGCCCUGCGACAAACACGAGGAGACCGACCUGGACACACCUGAGCCUCUUGAGGAGAAGCCGAAGCCGCCUCGGGGUGCUCCUGAGCCGGCCCUGGACACGGAGCUGCCCUCGGAGGACGGCAGACAGGUGCAAGAACACCUGGAGGCCGCCGCCCCGGGGCCUGGCGGGCAGGACGGUCUGGAGGGCAGCCGUGCCCAGGCGGCUGGACUCCUUCUGCUCCUGGGAGAUCGAAUGCAGAGCCCCAGGUUCCGUGACCCUGGGCACCCGGGCCUGGAGGCCUGAGGGAGAAACGCGAGCUUGCACCUCAUCUGGCGGUCAGAAAGACCCGUGAUCACAAUCAAGACGGCUGGCUAAGUGCUCCUUGCAUCCCCAGCCUGUCCCAUCCAGACACUCGCGGGAUGUGCUGAAUCCCCAUCACUACCUUGAGAGGUCGUGGCUGUUCUGUUUUACAGAGGUGACCACUGAGGCUCAGAGAGGGCAAGCGCCUAGCCUAAAGCCACACAGCACGGACAGGAGUCAAAGCCGGGCCAAGUGACCUUAAUCCCAUUUUCACCCCUUGCCUCUGGUGCCACUGACCCUCCUCCUCCCACCUACUCUGUCCAGCACCUGUUGUGACAUGUCCUGUGGUGGAAACCCUAGAAACCACCAAGAAACGGACACUGCUACACCCGG